AAAAAAUAAAAAAAAAAGUUUAUGAAAACAAUAUUAUUAUAUAAAUGCAUAGCAUAAAAAAUAUAUAUUAUUAAUUAAUAAAAAAUAAAGGCAAGAGAGACGAGACGGAAAUGAGAGAGGGAUAAGAGAAAACCCUCACAAAUCUGGACAGACACUGUGGAGAAACAACGAAGACACCGAAACGCUAGGGUUUAAUCAAUCGACUCUUCUCUGUUUCUAUCUCUAUCUCUGAUUCUGAUUCUGAUUCUUUCACGAACCUAGGGUUUCCCUCUUUUCUACUUCUUCUUCUCCCCAGGAUAGCAGUGCGAGGGUUUUUCUCAAGAAAGGGGCCAAGAUGAGGAUUAUGAUCAAGGGUGGUGUUUGGAAGAACACCGAGGAUGAGAUCCUUAAAGCCGCGGUUAUGAAAUAUGGCAAGAACCAGUGGGCUCGAAUCUCUUCGCUUUUAGUUCGUAAAUCCGCCAAGCAGUGUAAAGCUCGCUGGUACGAGUGGCUUGAUCCUUCCAUCAAAAAGACUGAGUGGACGAGGGAAGAGGAUGAGAAACUGCUUCAUCUUGCGAAGCUCAUGCCCACGCAGUGGAGAACUAUUGCUCCAAUUGUUGGCCGUACUCCAUCCCAGUGCCUUGAGCGGUAUGAGAAGCUUCUUGAUGCUGCCUGUGUUAAGGAUGACAACUAUGAACCUGGUGAUGACCCACGGAAGUUACGUCCCGGAGAGAUUGAUCCGAACCCUGAAUCAAAGCCUGCACGGCCAGAUCCUGUUGAUAUGGAUGAGGAUGAGAAGGAAAUGCUUUCAGAGGCACGAGCUCGGUUAGCAAACACAAGGGGUAAGAAGGCAAAAAGGAAAGCCAGGGAGAAGCAGCUUGAAGAGGCAAGAAGGCUUGCUUCUUUACAGAAAAGGAGAGAACUGAAGGCUGCUGGGAUUGACACUAGGCAGCGGAAGAGGAAAAGGAAGGGAAUAGACUACAAUGCGGAAAUUCCCUUUGAAAAGAAGCCUCCUCCAGGUUUCUAUGAUGUUACUGAUGAAGACAGAACUGUUGAACAACCCAGUUUCCCAACCACUAUAGAGGAACUUGAAGGAAAAAGAAGAAUUGAUGUGGAAGCACAGUUGAGAAAGCAAGACAUUGCGAAGAAUAAAAUUGCAGAAAGGCAGGAUGCCCCGUCAGCUAUAUUGCAAGCGAACAAAUUGAAUGAUCCUGAAGCAGUUAGGAAGAGGUCAAAGUUGAUGCUUCCUGCUCCCCAGAUUUCAGAUCAUGAACUAGAAGAGAUUGCAAAGAUUGGUUAUGCUAGUGAUCUUCUUGCUGGUGGCGAGGAUCUCACUGAUGGAAAUGGUGCAACACGUGCACUUCUUGCAAAUUAUGGUCAGACACCCCGACAGGGAGUUACUCCUUUACGGACUCCACAAAGAACACCUGCUGGUAAGGGUGAUGCUAUCAUGAUGGAGGCAGAAAACUUGGCAAGGUUGAGGGAGUCUCAAACACCAUUGUUAGGUGGAGAAAAUCCCGAGUUGCACCCUUCAGAUUUUUCAGGGGUCACGCCUAAGAAGAAGGAGAUCCAAACGCCAAACCCAAUGCUAACACCAUCUGCAACGCCUGGAGCGGCAGGCCUUACUCCUAGAAUUGGUAUGACGCCAACCAGAGACGGCUAUUCUUUUGGUAUGACACCAAAGGGUACUCCGAUUAGAGAUGAGCUCCGCAUUAAUGAAGAAAUGGAGAUCCAUGAUAGUAGAAAAGUUGAGCUGCGAAGACAGGCUGAUAUGAGAAGGAACUUAAUUUCAGGCUUUAGCAAUCUAUCACAACCUAAGAAUGAGUAUCAGGUAGUUGUGCAGCCUGGUCCAGAUGAAAAUGAAGAACCAGAACAAAAUAUUGAAGAAGAUAUGUCUGACAGGUUGGCUAGAGAAAAGGCUGCUGAAGAAGCAAGACUGCAAGCAUUACUUAGGAAAAGAUCCAAAGUGCUUCAAAGGGAGCUUCCUAGACCUCCUGCUGCUUCACUGGAAUUAAUUAAAAAUUCCUUGAUGAGAGCUGAUGGGGACAAGAGUUCUUUUGUGCCUCCUACAGUAAUAGAACAGGCUGAUGAGAUGAUAAGAAAAGAGCUUCUGACAUUGCUGGAGCAUGAUAAUGCUAAGUAUCCACUGAAUGAAAAGGUGAACAAAGAGAAGAAGAAAGGUGCUAAGCGUUCUGCAAAUGGUUCCGUUGCUCCCAUCCCCGAGAUAGAAGAUUUUGAAGAAUAUGAGCUGAAAGAGGCUGAUAAUUUCAUCAAGGAAGAGGCCGGAUAUCUUCGUCUAGCAAUGGGGCAUGAAGGUGAAUCACUUGAUGAGUUUGUGGAUGCACACAAUACAUGUUUAAAUGAUCUCAUGUACUUUCCUACCCGUAAUGCUUAUGGCCUAUCGAGUGUUGCUGGAAACAUGGAGAAACUUGCUGCCUUGCAGAAUGAGUAUGAGAACGUCAGAAAGAAUGUGGAAGAUGAUAUUAAGAAGGCCACAAACCUUGAAAAGAAGACGAAAAUCCUCACAGAUGGUUAUGAGUUGCGGGCUAAAAAGAGUCUUUGGCCACAAAUUGAGGAGACUUUCAAACAGAUGGAUACUGCUGCGAAAGAACUCGAGUGCUUCCAAGCGUUACAAAAGCAAGAGCAAUUAGCAGCCUCACAUCGGAUUAAUAAUAUAUGGGAGGAGGUUAAGAAGCAAAAGGAGCUUGAGCGAACUUUACAAAAGCGGUAUGGAGAUCUGUUAGGGGAGCUAGAAAGGACACGGCACCAAAUGGAUGAAUACAGAGUGCAAGCACAAAAGCAAGAAGAGAUAGCAGCAAAUAAUUGUGAUACCGAGUUGGCUGAAUCUGCAGCAAAUCAGUCUGUUGCACAGAGCACAGAGGAUUCUGUGUUAACAGUUGCCCCAGAUGAGCUUGUUAGUGCUAUGUCCAUCGACCCAUCUCGUGACGAAAAUGCUGGUCAGCAAACCAAAUCUAUUGAAGAACAUGCUCAAUCUCCUACAGCUCAUGAUAAAAUAACUCCUGCAGAAGGCAAUGGUUACGACGGUCCGAACAUUCAACUCUCCAGUACGAAUGGCACAGGAGAUGGUAUGAGCGAGGUGGUUGCUGAGGAAAAGGAAGUGGCUCAAAACUCUGUUGAUGAAGUGACUAAUGAUGACAUGACCACUAAUGAGAUAGCCAUGAAUGUCAAAAAUCAGCAAAAUGCAACAAUACAUGAAAGCAGCAUUCAAGAAAAUGCUGGUAACGACGGUUUUAUUGGAGAUGCUAAGGAGGUCUCAGGGAACGGCGAGGAGAAGUGAAGUAGCCUGGUUAACUCUAGUCAAUAAGAAUCCUCACUUGUUGAAUUUCAAUGGCAAAUAACUCAAAGAUGAGGGAUCAAUGGAUCGAAUUGGAAAGCGAUUAAUUUGAAGAAGAGAGGUUUGCCAGAGGUUAUUAUAUUAACGUCUGUGUUUCUGUACUAAUGCUGGUCGAUAGUUCAUGAGAUGUUUGGAACUGUUCUAAAAAAACUCUAGGCAUCAAUUCAUCGUUUGUUUCGACAGAGAAGGAAAAUGGUAAAUGGUCGAAUGCUAUUUUACUCAGUUUGGCAUAUAUCUGGUCAUUGACAUUUGUGCGGUACAACUGUUAUUAGAGUGAGGAAAUCUGUGUAAUUGCAUCUCUUCCUCGAGGAUUUUGUAUUGAUAUUGUUAUUCUUACAUCGUUUUCUAACUGUUUAUUAUUGCCUAAUACUAGUCAACUUUUUUUUA